UUUCUCAUCACCUUUCUACCAAUCACACCUCUGUAUACCGUUGGUCUUAUCGCGCUUUCAAUGGCUACUAUCUCUACUGCCUCGGUCCGGUUCGGUUCUUCGCUGAAGCAGUCGAUUACGAGUGAUCGGGUGACUAGGAGGAACUCUACUGUAAAAGUUCUUUCAGUUGGUUGGGCCAGCAAUGGCUUCCCUUCCAGAAGGUCCACGCGCUUCCGUGUCUGCUGCUCGGCUAAACCCGAGACAAUAAAGAAGGUAUGUGAUAUUGUGAAAAAACAAUUGGCAUUGCCUGAAGGCUCUGAGGUCACUCCUGAGUCCAAGUUCUCGGCACUAGGUGCUGAUUCUCUGGACACGGUUGAGAUAGUGAUGGGUCUGGAGGAAGAGUUUGGGAUAAGUGUGGAAGAAGAGAAUUCUCAGAACAUCACAACGGUCCAAGAAGCAGCUGACUUGAUAGAGAAAUUGGUCCAGAAGAAAGCCUAAGCUUAGAGAGAGAGAGAGAGAGAGAGAGAGAAGUUUUUUUUUAUCAUUAGAGGAACAAGAUUGCGUGGUGCAUAAUUGUUGUUUCCUUCAUUUGUUACUGCCUGGUAAUCAGGUCAGCAUUCAUAUUUAUGAAGAACAAUUUGUGUGAUCCUUCUGUGAAUCGAGUCUGAUUGCUAGUGACUUAUUAAUGCCUUGAACAAAGCUUCUAUGAA